AAGUAAAUGCUUUUAGGUAGUGUCAUUACAUCCUUUGUCAAUUUUUUUGUGCAUCAAAAUAAAUCUGGUCUCUCUGCCUCAUAAAAAAACAGAACAUGUAGUCUAAUAUUGGCUCUUUAUUAGGUUCAUGGUCCGACAAUUAGAUUAAUGAAACCCACAACUCACAGACAAUUUGUUGAUACUUAAGUUCUCAAUCUCUGCAGCCUGGAGCAGAAUUAACAUGGCGCAGAGCAAAAAAGAGCAAUCCGCCAAGAUCACUGCACUUGUUGUGGACGAUGAUAUGAUCAACCGAACGAUUCACCACAGGCUGUUGGACAAUCUUGGCAUAGAAAAUGAAGUCGUCUGCGAUGGGAAAGAAGCUGUUGAUGUCCAUUGUGCUGGAAAAAGCUUCGACCUCAUCCUAAUGGACUUGGAUAUGCCUGUCAUGAAUGGCAUUGAGGCAACGAGGAGGCUUCGUGAAAUGGGAAUCCGUAGCCUGAUUGCAGGCGUGUCGUCACGCUCAGUAGAACAAGAAGUAAGAGAAUUCAUGGAAGCUGGUCUGGAUGACUACCAGGAGAAGCCCUUGACAAUGCCUAAGCUUGUCUCUAUUAUCCGUAAGAUCAACCCCAAUGGUUAG